AUGAAAUUCUUCCAAUUCAUAAACAAGUUGCCAAUUUUUUGAGAUUUUUAGUUUUCCUACCCCCCUCUCUUGUUUCCACUAGUUCUCCCAUCUUCAUUGUUGCUUGAUCGAUGAACAAACCUAAUCAAUGAGAUGCCAAUGAUCUAUGCUUAUAUCCUAUUUGAUUAUGAUAAGAUGCAUUAAUAUUCACUAUGGGUUGGGUUGUAAUUUUUUUAUUUUGUGGUAUAUUUUGGGCAUAGAUCUUUGGACUUAUUGAAGAGGGUUUUUGCUAUUAGAUCUGUAAUUUUAGGGUUUUAGGUGUGGCUAAAGGGAGGCGCUUCAGUUUGAUCUUGAAUGGGAAGAAGGCAGAUCCAUGGUUCUUAGCUCACCUCGGUUGAAGGCAGCUGACCUUAGAGGCUUUGAAAAGCUGUGUCUCACUUUCUUCUCUUUAUCAUUCCCUUUUUAGAUCCACUGGUUGGAGAAACUUCUUUGUGGCUCCAACCUUUUGAUGUUUCAAGGUUCCAUUUUUAACUUUGUGCUACUAGUUAUCUUUGAAUAUUGUUCUCAUUGGGAUUUCUAUGGAUCUUUAGUUUGUGUUGCAGCCUUUUUGGCUUCUAUAGUUGGAGGUCUCUAUUGCAGGUUCUUUGAUGAUUGGUUCAACAAAAGAGAUGAGCUACAAAAGAACAUUUCGUCUUUUGGCAAGCCAAUGCCGCCCGAUGGAUCCGGUAUGCUUCGGUCAACCCGACCCAAGUGCGCCAGGGCAACCAGAAGCCCAGCCAGGUGUCAACAACGUACACCAAUCAACCGAAUCCAAGUGGCAGACAACAACAAUCCCCAAAAAGCUCUUGACAGGUUAGCGAUUAUACCGACGCUAACGUGGCGCAAUGCAGGAGCUAGAAAUCCAAUGCUAAACACAAAAGAAAAGGAGUCGCAUUUUAUCAAGAAAUGUGAUUGGUUGUCGACACCUCCGCAAUCCUUCCCGCGGCUCCACCGCUUCUCGUUCUUCUCUGUGAUUCUGACACCUGCUCUAGUACUCCCAACCCAACUCAGUGGCUAUUUCGUAAUUUGA